AUGUCCGAGGUUGGUCCUGUUGAAAAACUAAAUCUAACGGAAAGGAAUUCUCAUCGUUAUGCAAUGGUAACAUUUGAAGAUGAGGAGAGUGUACCAUUUGCUUGUGAAACAUUGGAUGGUAUUCGAUUAUUCCAAGUACCGUUAACAGUGAAGCCUCGCAAUGGUUCGAGACAUGACAGCAGGAAGUCGUCGGAUUCAAUGCGACGGGACUCAUAUGGAAGCUCACAUUCAUCGCCUUACGACUCACGUAAAAGGGAUCAUAUGGGUACAGGCAUAGGAGCGCUGCUAGGAUCCCUUGAUUCCACUCCGUCUACAUUAUAA